AUGUUUAGGCCACGGGCCUACUCGCUACUCCUAUGGGCAGCAUACAUUAUAUACACGGAUAAUUGCUUAGUUACAGCAAAUACAUUAAAUUACAACACAGAAAGAAUGAAUGAACGUGAGAAGCUAUAUGAACAAGCAAUGGCAGCUAAAAAUGGACACCCCGGAUUAUUUAAUGGAAAUGUCAAAAAGGCUUUGAGCAUUUUUGACAUGCUAAUCGCAAAAAAUUCUACUGAUUACGUGGCAAAGAAAUGCGGAUAUCAAUUGGGUGAGUGGUAUAUCAUAGGUGUCCCUAAAUUUAAACCAUGGAAAAAGACCUACGAUCACAACUUUGAUAAAUCAAUCCACUACUUAUCAAUAUCAGCCAAAUUGGGAGACCCCAGGUCUAAUUAUCUGUUGAGCUUCAUUUACCACAUGAUCUCUUUGUUUGAGCUAGAAAACCCUCUGAGUCCUCACAAUUCAAAUAGCUUAAAAAAUCCAAAUAAAAUUGUCAACACAUGUGUUGCAGAUACAAAUACUGGUACUGGCGGUUUUAGUAAUUUUGGGGGGGGUAAUUCUAAGUUUUUUAUGAAAAAAAAUAAUAAAGAUAAUAAAUUGGGGCUACUGUUCAAUCACUUGCAAAUUGCGGCUGAGCUCGGUGAUGUAAUGGCACUAUCAACUAUCGGAUACCGCUUUCUUUGCAGUAAUACGUCUGGCACUAAGAGCGAUCCCAGAAAUUCUUCUAAUUACUACAAGAAAGCGACAAAAAUCAUCCUUUCAGGAAAAGAUGGUCUGACACCCACUUAUACUCUAGAAGCACAAUUGCCAGUAGCCAUAUUGAAUGAUGAAAAUAUCCAUUUGGUGCCAAUUUAUGGAUCUAAAAGUGAUAUAGAGUCUAGUAUGGAUUAUUGGCAGCAUAAAGCAAUGAAGGGAGAUGCAUUAGCCCAGUAUGAAUUGGCCAAGCUUCACGAUGAUGACAAACAAGCUGAACAAUUACUGGCUAUGGCUGCAGAUAAAAGCCAUGCUCCUGCAUUAAGGGAUUUGGCCCUUGUAUAUCUUUCUAGAAAUAAGGUAGAACAGGCAAUUAAACUACUUACUAAGGCAGCAGAUCUUGGUGAUGCUGAUGCUGCGACAAUUCUUGCUUAUAUACUGCUAAGGGGUAAUGUAAGGGUUAAGAAGUUGGACACUUCCAACCCUAGUAUCCAAAUGGGUAUUAAAUAUUUGCUAAUGGCUUGUAGGCAAAAUGUCCCAGAUGCAUUAUUUUUGUUGGCAGAAAUUAUGUCAUUUAAAGGAAAAUUUGGUGAUGCUAAAUGGUUGUAUGAAAGAUCAGGAGAUGCUGGAUUUAUACAGUCCAUUUGGGUUAUGGCUCACUUUCACCAAUCUCGCGGUGAAUAUCUAAAAAACUGUUUUGACUUGAAACUUAUCGCAGAUUCCUCCCCUUCUGUGGCAAAAUACAUUCAUUUGGGUUUCAAGUUACUUUCUGAAACUAAUUAUAGCGGGUCAUUGAUGUGUUUUUUAAUCGCAUCCUACCAGGGCAGUUUGAUUGGUCAGCUAAAUUCGGCUUACUUGUGCAAACUAGUCAGAUCUAAUAAGAUAAAACUUGACAAAAUCAAUUUGGAAACGUUGGAGUUUUAUCUACUUCUACAGGCACUAAUGCAAGGUUCCAAUUAUGCACUUUAUUCCAUUGCGAAUAUUUUUAACGAAAGCGAUACUGGCAAGGCUUUGGAAAUUUACAAAAAAUCGUUCUUAUACGGCGAUUGUCGAUCAAUACUGCCACUAGUUAAGCAAUUUCAUCGCACCGGAGAGACUGAUAAGGCGAUAGAAUUGUUGCAGUUCUAUAACAACAAAUUGAAACGGAUGAAAAUCAACUUCAUUGGGGAUAUUCUAAAAGAUGGUGGGCAUAUAUUUCGCCACUAUGCUAACAAGUUUAAGAUAUCUUUUAUUCUCAAGUUACUGCAUAUGAAGAAGAAAAUCGAAUUGAUAAUAAAUAAAUCGUAG